UGCUCUCUGUGUCUUUCUCUCUCUACACCUCUGACCGUAUCUCUAUCUCGCUCUCGGCCGCUCCACCAAAGAAGCUUCUUUUUGGCCAAACCCCCAACCCUAGAGGGAUUGGAGUGAUCAAUCGCCCUAAUUCGUGUAGGGUUCUUGGAGAUCCAUCGAUUCCUCCUUCACUCAUGCGAGAUUUGACGCCAAAGAGAUCUUAAUUCCAUCUACAACGGUGGUAAUCUUUGGGUAGGUACCGAGGGAAACAAAAAAAGAGAUUGACGCGAUGACGUUAAUUGCCCUGGAUUCGCUCCCCUUGGGGUUCCGAUUCCAGCCCACGGAUGAGGAGCUGGUUAAUUACUACCUCAAGCCCAAGAUCACUGGCCGGAUCAGGUCCCAGAUGGAGGUCAUCCCCGAGAUCGAUGUCUGCAAGUGUGAACCGUGGGAUCUUCCUGAUAAAUCCGUUAUUAAGUCGGACGAUCCUGAGUGGUUCUUCUUUGCGCCCAAGGAUCGCAAGUACCCGAACGGCCAUCGGUCCAACCGAGCUACUGAGGCUGGUUACUGGAAGGCCACGGGGAAGGACCGGAUCAUACGGUCCAAGUCUUCCGCGGGGAAGAGUACCAUUAUCGGCAUGAAGAAGACGCUGGUUUUUCAUCGCGGGCGAGCUCCCAAGGGCGUCCGAACCCACUGGAUUAUGCACGAGUACCGAACUACUGAGCCCGAGUUCGAGUCUGGCGAUCAGGGUGGUUAUGUUAUUUAUCGCUUAUUCAGAAAGCCAGAAGAGAGGAUUUCAACCUCGAAGGCCGAUGAAAUGGAGACAAAUGGUUUCUCUCCGAGCCCAAUUAAGUCCUCUCCUGGUGAUACACAGCAUGAAGCAGAUGUGAUGGAUGACACUGAGACUCUGUUGAAUGACUCUCCAAAGUCAGACUUGAAGGAAGAGCCAAAAUCCUCGUCUGAUUCUGUUCAUAAGCAGCCCGCUGGUAUCAAGAGACAAAUGGUUGAUAAAGUUGACUGUUCAACUAAUGUAUCCGUAAAACCUGGGAGGAGUUAUUGCAAAUUGGAUUCACCUGAUGAAGAGAUUGAAGUGGGAGAAAAGGCUGAUCCUCUGCAGGAUGCCUUAGCCAAGUUUUUUGACCCAGGGAAUGAGCAAAUAGAUUGUGAUGUUUUUCCCAACAUCAGUUCCAUAGAACUACCGGACACAAACUAUACUUGCAUGGGCAAUGAAAACCAGGAAUUUCAGAUAGGAUCCCUUCCGGUUGAUAAUGGUGAUGAAGACCUUCUGAACGAAUUCUUAAUUUCAGCACUCAAUCCUGACGAUCUUCCUUCUGGUGCAUCAAUCUUUUCAAAAGAUUCAGUUGCUGGAAAUUUGCUAAAACCCAGUUUGUGGGACUCAGCAUCAUGCAAGGAUAGCGGCACAAGCAGUGAUAUAGAAACUGAACCAGGUUUACCGCAGGGUGGUGCAGGUUUGGAAGCUUCCGAGUGGUUCUGCGGAUCAUCUCUUCUGCCAACCGAUUCAUCUCUUCUGCCAACCCAAUUGAGCACUCUGUACGAAAAUGCAACUCUGCUACCUUAUGACAUUACUGGAACAGAUAUGUAUUCCAUUGAUUCUGGUGCAGACUCGUUGCAAGAUUUGUUUAAUGGAAUGUGGGAAUUGAAUAACCAGAAAACAGUAUCAGAUAGUAAGGAUGAUUCUGAGGGGACUGGAAUCAAGAUCGUGAGUCAUCAAAUGCAGCCUGUUCAGCCAAAUUCAGACAAUUUCUUUGUUCAGGGCACUGCAGCGAGAAGGAUUCGUUUGCAAUCCUCAAUUUUGAAGGUGCCGUUUGCUGAACCUCUCAGUAGGAGUAAUGAUGAAGACGAAGCAUCAACGACAAAAGCAAAAGGAGAUAUCUUGGGUAGCAUGGAGGAAGCAACUUCCAAGAAUACCAUGAGAAACAGAGAUGGUCCUGUGGAGACUGGACUUGAGAUCAGGGAUCAGCAAUCUCCAAAUGAGUUAUUCGCACAGCAGGGCGAAACAUCAAUAAAUGUCACUUGGUGUUAUGAACUUCAAUCAGGUUUUGAUCAUGAACCAAGUAUCAGUAGUGACUAUGGGAUCAGAUCAGGCAGAACAGAGGUGGAAGAACACGUGGGUGACAACAUUUCUGAAGGAGAGGAGAGUGCUGUGCCUGCCUUACCAGACAAGCUGGACCAAUCAUCCAUACUUGAUACAGAUGAAAAACCAAGUGGUUCAAGUGAGUACCAAAUGCCGGACUCCAUGCUCAGGUUGAGAACAAAAUCGACAAGCGACAGUGAGAAUAUGCAUAAACACUCGCCCUCAUGUCCAAAAGCAUCUAGAGGCCAUUCGGUCAUAGUUUAUAUGAUGUAUUUGGUUCUCUCAGUGGUACUUUUGCUGCUGUGUUUUGGAAUACGGAGGUGCAUGAGCCCUCUUAGCGUUCAGCUAUAAGGCAGCAGCUGCAUAGUUGUUAUUACAUAGGUUUUGCUUGGUCUGGUCAUGUAAAAUUGCACCCUUGUGGUGUUCAGUUUGUAUCAUCCUAGUUUGUUUAUGCUAACCUUUUUCCAGCUUGUUCAUCA